CAACGAUCAGAGAAAUUCUGCUAAAAAGCAUGUGAAAAUGGCUCACAAAGUCUUCUCUAGAGCGGUUAGAACGCCACCAUUCCGAUUUCUCAAUGGAAGGCGUACAUCAAAUGUAGACAUUCAAACUGGAUCUUCGACAGGUUGCUUCUUGCGAUGGAAUUCCACUGGAAAUACUGAUUCAGCGGCAAAUAAUGAAAAUGACAAUGUCAGUAAAAGCUUUGUCAAUAGAAAUCCAAGGAAUCUUGAAUUCAUGGGUAUAGCAAAUAAAACAGACGGAUGGUGGCUACAAUAUCCAAGGAGAGAUUACUGGCACAAACUAUGCUUCAAGAUUACAAAUAGAAACACAAUCGCUUAUGUCCAACAUGCAAAUGGCAAAAUUGUGAUAUCAGCCUCGACAGAAGAAUGGGCAAUUAGGAAACAUUUAUACAGUGCAACUGAUGUGGCUGCUGCUGAGAAUAUAGGCCGGGUGUUAGCCCAGCGAUGUCUGGAGAGUGGGAUCACAGAGAUGUUAUUCGAUACUUUAGAAACCCCCGUCGAGAGUGAAUCCGCAUCUCUUUUUCAAAAGGCUUUAACCGAUGUUGGGAUCUCGUUAGAGGAAAAAGAAAUGGUGCAAAAGGAACGUGAUAUUGGAACAGACUACGAAAGACAAGCUGAAUUAGGUGUCGAACCUACGAAAAGACAGUGGAAAAAACGAGCUCGCAAUUACUAUGAGGAGCGAAGAAAUCAAACGAAAAGAGUACCAGCACUGCCUUUUGAAUAGAACUAACUGUGUUUGUGUGUGCGGACUUUGUGAAAAUGAUGAUGCCUCGGGAGUGACCCAAAAAAGUAACUGGUCGUGCAUGUAAAGUUUACAUUGUUGCCAAUGGUGCAGUUUUUGUGUCGCACAUUUGUGUGUCACACAUUUGUCACAGGAAGGACAAGUCAAUUGACUAUGAUUACUUGUUAUGUAGUAGGGGUAGCCAUAGCACACAGGUUCAAGGUAAUAAAUUUCAUUUCAUGAUAACUUUUUGAGGUUGGACCAUUUUCUGGCCGAGUUGAAUUUAGACCUUCCUUGAUAACAGGUGGUCAGUUGACUUUUCAUUCCUGUAGUAUGAUAAGUUAGUGUACAGUCAUCCACUGUCAAUUAGUCUGGCAGGAGAGCCAAGGACUUGAAGUUAGGAAAGAUUACAUGUAAGCAAUUCACCACCAAGUUUGAACUGGUUUGGAGACAUUCUGUGUCAUCUGUGAGUGGAGAGCGUCUCUGUCAAGACUGGUAUCAGUCAAACCAGCAUCCAAUUGAAAAAUCUCAGUUUUCUAAAUAAAAUACAUUAGAUUA